GCAAGCAUCACAACUCGCAGAGAACAUGGCCACCAUUACAAGCCUCCACAAGGACUUGGUGUGCAUCCUUCUACUCCUCUUCCUCCCCUUCCUCUCUCUAUCAGAAUACUAUUUGCCCAUCAACCCGAGGCUGGAGAAGGCCUACGUCGCCCUGCAAGCAUGGAAGCAGGCCAUCACCGCCGACCCCAAGAACCUGACUCUCGACUGGUGCGGCCCGCAUGUGUGCAACUACACCGGCGUGUUCUGCGCGCCGGCCCCCGAAGACCGGCACGAGCUCACCGUCGCCGGCGUCGACCUUAACCACGGCAGGAUCGCCGGCACGCUCCCCGAGGACCUCGGCCUCCUCUCCGACCUCGCGCUCCUCCACCUCAACUCCAAUCGCUUCCACGGCGGCCUCCCGGAGGCGUUCGAGCGCCUCCAGCUCCUCUACGAGCUCGACGUGAGCAACAACCGGUUCCAGGGGCCGUUCCCCGCCGUGGUGCUCCACCUGCCGUCGCUCAAGUACCUCGACAUCCGCUUCAACAGGUUCCGCGGCGAGGUCCCCCGCCGGGUCUUCGACCUCAGGCUCGACGCGCUGUUCCUCAACGACAACCAGUUCGCGUUCUCGCUGCCGGACAGCAUCGGCAACUCCUCCCUCUCGGUGCUCGUGGUGGCCAACAACCGGAUCAGUGGCUGCUUCCCGAGGAGCAUCACCGACUUGGCCGACACCCUAAACGAGUUGAUACUGCUGAACGCGAGCAUCACGUCGUGCAUCCCGGAGGACGUCGGGAAGCUGAAGAAUCUGACGGUGUUCGACGUGAGCUUCAACAACCUCGUGGGGCCGCUGCCGGACAGCAUCGGGGAGAUGAGGAAGCUGGAGCAGCUGAACGUGGCGCACAACAACCUCUCCGGCGACAUACCGGAGAGCAUAUGCGAGCUGCCGAGGCUGAAAAACUUCACGUACUCCUACAACUAUUUCUGCGGGGAGCCGGAGCGGUGCUUGAAGGUGGUCCGGAGUAGGGACGACCGGGAGAACUGCAUACCAGAGCGGCCGCACCAGAGGUCGGAGGAGGAGUGCAUCGCGUUCUCGUCCAAGCCGGUACACUGUGACGCCAACGGCUGCAUGGCGCCACCUCCACCGCCGGUGCAUUAUUAGAGUGGAAUGGUGCAUGAGAUUGUGUUUACGAUCGAGUUGUAUUGGCAUUGUCGUUGGCGUUGGUGGAUAGAUCGAAAUAAGGGUGUCGGUACUGUUGCGGCUUCACGUAAGUCAUCAUCUUCUUCUUCUUCUUAUUUCUGCUGCUUGCGGAUGUACGAAGCUGUGGGUUGACUGUAAUUUCUUGUGAUUUCUGGCAAGAAUAGUCUUGUACGACUUA